AUGUCUCGGCCGCGCUUCUUCAAUGCCCCUCGCAAGGGCGAGAACUUCGAGCUCAGGGCAGAUCUCAAUUCAGAGUAUCGAGAGAGGAGGAGCGAUGCCAUCAAGCGCGUCAUUGCCAACAUGACGGUGGGAAAGGACGUCAGCGGUCUCUUCCCAGAUGUACUCAAGAAUAUGCAGACCGACGAUUUGGAGCAAAAGAAGCUCGUCUACCUCUACCUGAUCAACUAUGCAAAGACGCAGCCUGAGCUCGUCAUCUUGGCCGUCAAUACAUUCGUCAAGGACACGGCCGACCCUAACCCUCUGGUCAGAGCCCUGGCGAUUCGCACAAUGUCGAUGCUGCGGGCAGAAAAGAUCAUCGAUUACCUCUCAGACCCUUUGGAGCGCUGCUUGAAGGACGACAAUCCAUAUGUGCGCAAGACGGCAGCCAUCUGCGUCUCUAAGCUUUACGACAUCAAACCAGAGCUCGCCAUCGAAGGCGGCUUUGUGGAUCAGCUGCGCGAUCUCGUCGGCGACUCGAAUCCAAUGGUCGUCGCAAAUGCUGUCACUGCCCUCACUGAUAUCCACCAGACGGCGACGGAGCAAGGUCUUGAUACAUUCUUCAUCAUAGACGCGAGCGUCCUGCAGAAGCUCCUCAUUGCGCUCAACGAAUGUACGGAAUGGGGAAGAAUCGCCGUCUUGAGCGCCCUAGCUCGCUACCGUACCAACGAUGAGAAGGAGGCAGAGCACAUCUGCGAGAGGGCGAUGCCGCAGUUUCAGCAUGCCAAUGGGGCCGUGGUUUUGAGCGCAGUAAAGGUCGUCCUCAUCCACAUGGAUCACAUCACCAAGCCUGAUUUCGUCAAGCAGCUGAUCCGAAAGAUGGCUCCCCCCCUCGUCACCCUCGUCUCUGCCGCCCCCGAGGUUCAGUGGGUCGCAUUGCGCAACAUCAAUCUCAUCCUACAGAAGCGACCCGAGGUUCUCUCAUCGGAGCUGCGCAUCUUCUUUUGCAAGUACAAUGACCCAUCGUACGUCAAGCUCGAGAAGCUCGAGAUCAUGAUCAAGCUGGCAAACGAGCGCAACGUCGACAUGCUUCUCUCCGAGUUGAAAGAGUACGCGAGUGAGGUCGACCUCGACUUUGUGCGCAAGAGCAUCAGGGCAAUUGGGCAGUGCGCCAUCAAGAUUGACGCAGCGGCAGAGAGGUGUGUGCACGUGUUGCUCGAUCUCAUUGCCACCAAGGUGACGUACGUCGUACAGGAGGCAGUGGUUGUCAUCAAGAACGUCUUCCGCCGCUACCCGUCACAGUACGAGGGCAUCAUCCCCACGCUGUGCGCAAAUCUCGAGGAGCUCGACGAGCCAGAGGCAAAGGCGUCCUUGGUCUGGGUACUCGGCGAGUAUUGUGAGAAGAUUGACAAUGCCGAGGACCUCCUCGCCUCGUUCCUCGACAGCUUCCUCGAUGAGCCUUACCAGGUCCAAUUCCAGAUACUCGUCGCCAUUGUCAAGCUAUUCCUCAAGAAGCCAGAUGGACCAGCGCAGGGCGUGGUACAGCGAGUAUUGGAGCUUGCAACAAAGGAGGCAGACAACUUGGACCUGCGCGACCGCGCAUUCAUCUAUUGGCGGCUGUUGAGCAGCGAAGACAGCGAGGCGGGCAAGUCCAUCGUCUUGGCUCCUCGUCCUCCGAUCUCCAUUCCCCUCACGUCCGUCUCACCAGCGCUCCUUGACGAGCUCAUCGGCGAACUCUCGUCGCUCUCAUCAGCAUAUCACAAACCUGCGAACACGUUCAUUGGAAAGGGUCGAUACGGCGCUGCCGAUUCGCAGCGUGGCGUCACACGAGAAGCAGCUUUGGCUACCGUCGUACAGGGCACGAGGGCAGAGAAUCUCCUCGACUUUGGCGAAGACGACGAGCAGGCGGGAAGCACAGAAGCUGCGGCUGGGUCCAACAGCGCAGCAGGUGGUCUGGGCGCUCUGGACGAGAUGAUCAGCGACGCCCCGGCUGGCCGCUCUGGGCGCGCGCCGCAGCCCGCCGCCGCAUCGCAGCUCAACGAUCUGCUAGGACUGUGA